AUGAGCUUUCUAAGCAGAUCCUUGUUUUCCAAAAUAGUUUCUAGAUUUUUAGGGAACUAUAUAAAGGAGAGCGAUGAAAGAGAUACAGAAGCAAGCAUUUUAAAAGGUGAAAUUGUCAAAAAAGAUAUUAAGUUUAAAGAAAAUAUUCUUUUAAGUGCCCACAUUCCAUUCAAAAUAGUUAAGGGCUCUGCACAGUUACUUGAAUUAAAGUUAUUUUCUCACAACAAAAUCGAAGACUCAAAAUUAACUCUCGAUGGACUCGAUUUGACCAUUAAAUUAAUUAGUGAUGUUAAAGAAUAUCAGAUUAAAGCCCUCUUACAUCAAAUUACAAACUGGCUAUCCAAAGAUCAAACAUCUUUAUUCAGUCAUUUCACUCAAAAAAUUCUUCAGAAGAUUGACGUUUCAAUCACUAAUGUUACAAUUAAUAUAGUUAUCGAAGAUAACUCAUAUCCUCUUACAAUUUUGCUACCAUUGAUUUCUAUCCAAAAUCAAGAAAUCGCAUUUAAAGAUAUUUCCAUUAAAACUACGAGAGCAGAAGAAAUGGAUGAGUACAUACUUGAAAAAUUUUCAUUUCAAGGAAAAAUCAAAUAUAAUAGCGAAAAACAAGAAAAAAUUUUAGAUAUUAACAUAGAUAAAGUUAAAACACAGCUUACUGAUAAUCAAUGGAAGUUAAUCCUUGAUUUUAAGACCCAGAUCGGCAACCUUUACAAUAAAAUAUUUUAUUCCUGCCAAGACUUAACAGUUGAUGAGUUUUCUUCGUUAUUUAACUAUACGUAUUCAUAUGUAUCGUCAGAUUAUAACAAAUUGAAUUUUAAUCCAAAGACAACUCUCUCAAUUUUGAAAAACAGGAGACAGAUCAUUAAUACAUUGAAAACUGGAGAUGAAACAUCAUGUGGGAAUCUGAUCAAUCAAUAUAAAUUCUUGCCGCUGAUGUAUAUGAUUGAUAACAUGCCAAAACAUGCAAAAUUUGAAUCAUAUUCAGAAGAAGAUUCAAAUUCUCCUAUUUUCAUCACAACAAAGAGUUUUCAGCUGAAUUUUUGUGUGAAAGAGUUGGAUUUCAAACUAAUUCUAAAUUCCGUACCUUUACUCAACAUUACUGCAUCAGGAUUCUCUAAUAAAUUAGAAACUAAUGAUGACUCACUCAAAUUCAGCUUCGAAAUAGAAAGACACAACAUAACCGGCUGCGGAAAUGGCGAAAAAUCUUUCUACGAAUGCAGUGGGAAGGUAUCUGGCCACUCAGAGACAAGCAUUUCUUCAUUUAAACACGAUACUUCUAUUGAAUUCCCAAGAUGCAACUUUAAUUUAGAUCUUGCAUUCAUGUCACAGCUACAUGCUUUCUUUUCGAGGCACCACACGCACACAAUCAAUGAUAAGACAAUGAUUGGCCUCGAAAUUGACAGGAUUUUAUAUAGGUCAGAAAACAAUAAGUUGGCAUUGACACAAGACGGCAUUUCUGUAAGCAUUAAUGACGAAAGAAUCGGAAACCCAAUAUCUCUGUGUUUAUCCCGCAAGAAAAAUAACCUUACAGCAGAAGGUGAACUAAAUUGGGAGUUCAAUCUAUCAAAGGAAUCAUUUUCCACUUUCAGAAAGCUCGAACACCUCCUCCAAAAUACAGUUUCUAUCACAAACUUAGACAUAAAGAUCAACUCCAUGAAGCUGAACUUCAUCGACAAGAAUAAAAAGCCACGAUAUUACCUUGUUUUCAAAGGAAUCAAUGUUACAAAACAGUUUGCAUGUAAGAUCAGUUCUGUCUCUCUUUGCGAGUCCAUCACAGAAGUAGAAUUCAUUCAGUCCAAUGACUUAGUAAUGAUUCCAUCGAGAAACCUAUACUACUUACUCCAGUUCAGAUCACAAGUAAAGAUCGCUUUGAAUGAUGAACUUCUCAAGUUUUUCCUAGAAUUUAUCAAGGAUGACUCAGAACUGAUUAAAGAAAUCAAAUUGAGAAUAGAAACAAAGGAUGUCUUGGCAUCGAUUAUUGAUGAUGACAAGCAGCUGAAUAUCAAUCUCCAGCCAUCAGGUUUCGAAAUAUCCCAGAACGGAGAGUUUUCAAUGAAUCCAAGGAUGUCAUGA